AUGGCGCAAACUAUAUUCUGCUUAUUAUCUUUCUGUGCCUUUCAAGCUUUCACUAAAUCUCUAAAGUUUAAAGAAAUAACGCCUAAUGAAAUAUUAAUGAGAUGUACGUCAACUGAUGCUAGUGCAGAAUGGGAAAAAAGUUUUGAAGCGAAAAAGGGCGAAUGUGACCAGCGUUAUCAUCAAGCCAACACUACUGAUGAUCUUAAGGUAGUCUUCACAGAAGAAAUAAAAGAUAAGUCAACCGGGGACGUUUCAGCUUCAAGUAAAGCAUCGGACGACGCAAUGUUUCAAGUCAAUGAUAAAGUAUACGACAAAAUUGAUGCUUUAUCUAAAACUCUCAAGUUUAAUGAAAUAACGCCUGACGAAAUAUUAGUUAGAUGUACGUCAACUGAUGCUAGUGAACAUUGGGACAAAAGUUUUGAAAACAAAAGAGACAAAUGUCAACAGUGUUAUCAUAAAGCCAAAACUACUGAGGAUAUUCAGUCUGCUGAAAACUGCUGUAAAAAAGUAGCUGCGCAAUUAGAACACGAUGCAGAAUUAUAUUAUGGUGAAGCUAAGGCAUGUAUUACAGAAGUAGGUAAUAAAUGCACUAAAUCUUCAAUCGAAUGCCAAAAGGAGGCAACAAAAGUACGCAACGCGAAUGAUAAGGCGCAGGAUGAUUAUAAAAAAAAUAGGUCGUUCACAUUUCCAAAUUUCGACCAUUUUAUACCAAAUUUUUAAAGUACAACUGUCUAAAUACAAGUUUUAUUGAAAUAAAUAAACAAUUUUAACACUUAAAUUUGGUUCAAUUGACCUUCCUUCCCAUUUCCGGCUGUU